AUGGCUACGGCAGCAGCAAUGUCCAGCGAUGCUGGCUUUCCCAUGUCCGAUGGCCCCUCGAGGACACCAAGACAACGGCGCGGCAAUCCGUCGAGUUCUUCACUAGGAGGUCGACCCCGCGGCCCCCCCUCUGAGAGCAACGGCGCACCGAGUGAUGAUGAGGGCAACGAAGGGUUCGAAGAUGACCAGAUCCCCAACCGGCGCCCAGCAGAUACCCAGAACAUUCCCAAAGUCGAGGACAAACUCGGCGUAUUGGUCCAGAAGCAUUUCGAAGACUUCAUUGAAGGAUUCAUAGAGGAUCCUACCUCUUCAGGGGCUCCGACAUCCAGCGCCAUCACCACAGACAAAUAUUACGUCGCUCAGAUCCAUGGCAUGCGCGCAUACGCACUGUCAACCUUUUACGUCGACUUUAAACAUCUUCAAACAUGGACAGACGGCACGCUUGCGGACGGUAUAGUAGAUCAGUACUAUCGGUUCUUGCCCUACCUUACCGCCGCUCUACACAACAUGAUCGCGAAGCACGAGCCGGCAUACUUCCGCGAGCAUCGUCAACCCACUGCGUCGAGCACCAUGACCACUUCUGGAGCCAGCAACGUUGGUUCUGGCAGCCAGUCGGGCCCAGGCAGCAAGACUACGAACCAGCAGACCGACAAGGUCUUUUCCAUCGCAUUUUACAAUCUGCCUUUGGUCUCUAGAGUCCGUAGCCUUCGCGCCGGAAACAUCGGCCAACUUCUCUCCAUCUCAGGAACUGUCACAAGGACCUCUGAGGUGCGACCCGAGCUUUCAGUCGCCACGUUUGUGUGCGAGGGAUGCCGUGUUGUCGUGCCCAACGUCGAGCAGACCUUCCGCUAUACCGAGCCAACUCAAUGUCCCAACGCCACUUGCAACAACCGUCAGGCGUGGCAGCUCGACAUCCGCCAGAGCACCUUCAUCGAUUGGCAGAAGGUCCGAAUCCAAGAGAACAGCUCUGAGAUUCCUACUGGCAGCAUGCCUCGGACUAUGGAUGUUAUCCUGCGAGGCGAGAUUGUUGAUCGGGCCAAGGCUGGCGAGAAGUGCAUUUUCACUGGCGCUUUGAUCGUUGUGCCGGAUGUCAGUCAACUCGGCCUCCCCGGCAACCAUGCCCAAGCUUCUCGUGACGAUCGCAACAACCCUCGUGGUGGUGAUGCCGGCGGCAGCGGUGUCAGUGGCUUGAAGGCUCUUGGUGUUCGCGAUUUGACCUAUCGUCUUGCUUUUCUCGCUUGCAUGGUGGCCCCGGACACCACAAAUUUGGGUGGUGGGGUGACGGACAUCAUUGCGUCUCUCAACUCGUCAAAUAACGAAAAUGCACAACAGGCUCAAGAAGCGGUCCUUGCUUCAUUUGGGCCAUCAGAGAUCGAGGACCUCCGUAAAAUGGUGCACAGCGACCAUAUUUACUCGAGAUUGGUCAACUCUCUGGCGCCCAUGGUCUAUGGCCACGAGGUGGUGAAGAAAGGUCUACUGCUGCAACUCAUGUCUGGUGUUCACAAGUCCACUGCUGAGGGCAUGCAGCUGAGAGGCGACAUCAACAUCUGUAUUGUUGGUGACCCGUCUACAUCCAAGUCACAGUUCUUGAAAUACGUCUGCUCAUUCGCACCUCGCGCCGUCUACACGAGCGGGAAAGCGUCCUCAGCUGCUGGUCUGACAGCAGCUGUUGUGAAGGACGAGGAGACCGGCGAAUUCACCAUCGAAGCUGGCGCACUUAUGCUUGCUGACAAUGGCGUCUGCUGUAUCGACGAGUUCGACAAGAUGGAUAUAGCUGACCAGGUUGCUAUCCACGAAGCCAUGGAACAGCAAACCAUUUCUAUUGCCAAAGCCGGUAUCCAAGCCACCCUGAACGCCCGAACGUCGAUUCUUGCUGCCGCCAACCCCGUCGGUGGCCGAUACAAUCGCAAGACCACUCUGCGCGCAAACAUCAACAUGUCGGCACCCAUCAUGUCCCGUUUCGAUCUUUUCUUUGUCAUUCUUGACGAGUGCAACGAGAAAGUCGACCGCCACUUGGCUGAGCACAUAGUCGGCAUCCACCAGCUGCGUGACGCCGCUGUUGAGCCCGAGUUCAGCACGGAGCAGCUGCAGCGGUACAUCCGGUUUGCACGCACUUUCCGCCCUGAAUUUACUGAGGAGUCGAAAGAAGUCCUCGUUGAGCGGUAUCGUGAGCUCCGAGCCGAUGAUGCGCAGGGAGGCAUGGGCAAGAACAGCUACCGGAUCACGGUGCGUCAGUUGGAAAGUAUGAUCCGGCUGUCCGAGGCUAUUGCCAAGGCAAAUUGUGUGGAGGAAAUCACUCCGGACAUGGUGAAUGAGGCAUUCAACCUCCUUAGGCAGAGCAUCAUCUCCGUCGAACACGACGAUGUCGAGGUCGAUGAGGAUGACGAGCCUGUCGAGGAUGGUGAGACACUUCGCCGCGCUGCUUCGGAGGCUGCUGGUGUUCUCGCAGACCAGGAUGGUGAUGCUGAGAUGGGCGAGGGGCAUGCGGACGAGGAAAUGGCGGAUGCUGGCGAAGGGUCCGCCCAGCCAGAGAGGCGCAAGCAGACAAUCUCGUACGAGAAAUACAUCAGCAUGGUCAAUAUGAUCGUCCAGCGUAUCGCCGACGACGAGGCCGGCAGCGGCGAGGGUGUUGAGGGCGAGGCCUUGAUCCAGUGGUAUCUGGAGCAAAAGGAGGAUGAGCUCCAGGGCGAGGACGACUACAACCGGGAGCACGCGUUGGCGAAGAUGGUGCUGAAGAAGAUGGUCAAGGACAACAUCCUCAUGGGUAUCCGUGGUGAAGGCAUGGCCGCCGGCGGCGAAGACGCCGGCGAUGGGUCUGCGGCACCUCAGUCGCAGGCGCAGGACAUCGUCUACGUGCUUCACCCCAACUGUGCGCUUGAAGAGAUCAGCUAG